GUCACAUCACAGGCCGUGUUUGAUAACAUUGAGGAUACACAACGCUGAGAGGAGACGAGGGCGGCGGUUUUAAUUCAGCCAUUAGCGAGGGCUUUUCAAGAAACCAAAAGAGGACUAAAGCGUAUUUAUACAUCUAAAGCACCAAAGAUCCCCCUAUCUCUGCACCCAGUGAUUCUCCAGUCAUUGUGCUGUCAGGGUGAUGUCGGCAGCCUGUCUCGCACGCCUGGCAAGGUGCAGUGGUCCUCGUGUGGGACGUAGUGGUCUUUUACAGAUGGCACUAGUCCCACUUGCAUUCCAGCAGGAUCUCCAGUUCACAAUCCUCCGGAGACAGCUUUACAGCCCUUCGGGAAAACGGGACAGCAACACACGCUUUGAUCCAGACAGCAGUGGCCAACCCACUACUUGGGAUUCAUUUGGUAUUUGGGACAAUCGAAUUGACGAGCCCAUUUUGCUGCCUUCCAGCAUUCGCUAUGGCAAACCCAUUCCCAAAGUCAGCUUAUCGAAAGUAGGCUGUGCCUCGCUCAUCGGUCAACGCAAGGAAAAUGAAGACCGAUUCCAGGUCUCCCAGAUGACUGACAACAUCCUCUACUUUGCUGUGUUUGAUGGGCAUGGUGGGCCAGAAGCAGCCGAUUUUUGUGAAAAAUACAUGGAGAAAUUCAUCAAGGACCGUGUGGCAGAGGAGUCCAAUCUGGAAGUAGUGUUAACGAAGGCCUUCCUUGAAAUAGACAAAGCUCUCGCAAGGCACUUGCACUUCUCUCCAACUGUACCCGGGAUCAAUGCAGGAACCACCUCCACUGUGGCCCUGCUGAGGGACGGCAUCGAGCUGGUGGUGGGCAGUGUGGGUGACAGCCGCGCCAUGCUGUGCCGCAAGGGCAAGGCCCUUAAACUCACUGACGACCACACUCCUGAGAGGAAGGACGAGAAAGAGAGGGUAAAGAGAAGUGGGGGUUUUAUCACCUGGAAUAGUCUGGGACAGUCAAACGUCAACGGCAGGUUGGCCAUGACACGCAGCAUCGGAGACUUUGACCUGAAGAACACAGGGGUUAUCGCUGAGCCUGAAACCAAGAGAGUAUCGUUGCACCAUGCCCACGACUCGUUCCUGGCACUGACCACAGACGGCGUUAACUUUAUUAUGAACAGCCAGGAGAUCUGCAAUGUCAUCAAUCAGUGUCACGACCCCAAAGAGGCAGCUCAGAGAAUAUCUGACCAGGCUCUUCAGUACGGCUCAGAGGACAACAGCACAGUUAUCGUGGUGCCCUUUGGUGCUUGGGGAAAGCACAAGAGCUCGGACGCUUCUUUCUCCUUCAGCAGAAGUGUUAUAUCAAGCGGUCGCUGGGCGUAGUCUGCAGGACGUUAAAGAACAAGGUCGUGGUCUGUUGACCUAAUUAAUGUGUGCAAUACAAUCGAUCAGUGCCCUUGUGGAAAUAUUACAAAGUGUGUGGUUUGCCCAAAUAAUAAUACCUGAGGGUUACAAUUUGUUAAUUAGAGUAGCAUGAUAUUUAUUAGCCUCUACGAAGUCAGAGACAGUGAAUUCAUGAUGAAAAACAUCCUCUUUAUAAAAGGUUUUAUCUACUUGUAAGCCAAUGCCCUUAUAGGUGCUAAAAGCUGAGAAGUGUUUGAAUGGCAGACAGGAGUUCAUGAUGACAUGAAAGCCGUUGCUUUUAUGUAGCCUGCUCCACAACAACUGACACUUUAAUACUAGUAUUAUUGACUGUCUGCCAUUCAGAUAUUUUUUUAUCUAUUCAGCUUUAACACCCAAAUUUGCACCAUUUUAUUUUCAUUGUUAAAUUAUCCUGGAUAGGUUGCAUUUUUUUUUUAAAUUGUGCAUCUGGAUAUUUACCAGUUUGAGUCCUGCAUUCUUUCCAUUACUCAGAGUUAGACUUCAUUCUCACCAAAUCAGUUAAGGCUGUGAUGAGCUGCAGGGUUAUGUGGCCAUGUGGGAGUGUCACUCUAAGGAAUUUUAACUCCCCAAUGUAGCACAAUUAGACUUCACCAAUUAUUGUUUCCCAUUCCCGAGUGUUGUUACCAUUACGACAUUUCCAAAUGCACUUGAAUGCAGCUUUGUGUCACAGCAGCUAAGACAAAGGGUACCUUGUGCUGGAGCUUGUAGCAGGAAACAAGUUCCCCACAGAAUUGCUCCAACGAGCUUCCAUGUAGUCACCUGGUACACAAACUCCAAGUUGGGAGUUGGAGUAAGUGCUUGUGUUUUUUUAACCUCAUAUUUUGUUAAACUUUCUGAUGCAAAAGUUGUUUCCAGGCCCCUGUCCCAUGGACAUAAAAACAGAUAUUGACUGUACUCUGCAGCAUGACCUCAUGUUUCAACUUGAAAGGCCGCAGAUAUACUUCAAACUACGCUCUAUGCAUCUGCAAGAUGCAACACACACAUGAACAGCAGGGACAGAAAGGAGUAAAACUCACCAUAUCGAUGACACACUUGCAUAUCUACAAUGACGGUGUUGUCAAAUUUGCUCUCAUCUCAGAAUGAACGAUAUUGCAGAUAGUUUAGAAACUUCUGCCUAGUAUCUUUUGUACAGUGUUUUCUUGGUGUAUUGCCAUGUUUCUUAUUGAAAUCCUGCAAAGCCAGUAAUUCUAUACGCUCUGACUUCUCUGGUGCAACCUCUAGAGAAAACACCCAGUAACACGUCUUUUACAGUUAUGUGAACAAUGCCGUUGUGCCGGUCGUGUACACGAAGGUUUGGUUAUACAGCAAGUUUAUCUCUGGCCUUAUGCUGCACGGUACUGCAUUUUGUUUUACGGCAACCCCUGAAGCCCAGACACAGCCCACUGCCCCCACUCAAAUAAAUGGGAUUAAUGGUGUUUUUGCCGCAUUUGGUGUGAAUGCAGCCUUAAGGGUAGAACCUCAUGCAUUAGACGAGAGUGAGGGAAAAUACAAUAAUUGAAUUGUCAGUUGAUUGGAAUUAAUUGAACCCUUGUAUUAAAAUCCCAAAUCUACUGAUAUGUACAUAAAAAAACCUCUUCUGAAGCAACUUGAAAGCUAGCAUCCUGACCAAAAAUGAAGUCGGUGGGUCGGUCUUGAUGACUGUAUGUCAAUUCUGGAAUUUCCUGUUAGUCUUUUGGAUCAAAGCGUCCAAUUGAUGCAUUGAGUGUUGAUGCCCAAUUGCACAAUCUUGAUGGUUUGAGUGAAAUUAAUCCUGAAUGUUCUGUGAACUAGUGUGAAAUACAGUUGCUUAAUGCUAUUUAUAUGAACAGCAUUUCAGUGAAACAAGAUAUUCAUGUUUUUGCAAUUUAAACAUUGCUCAAGCUUGUAUAAGUGUUAUAUCUGUACUGUUUUGAAACAGGUCUUGUAGGGACACUAAGAAGGGUCCAGGAUACAGAAAUGUACAGUUUAUGUUUUGUAAAUAGUUCUAUUUAUGUACAUCUGUAAAACUAAUAGUUCUCAUUUAAUUAUUGACUCAUAUUAUUCUCAUAUCAGAAUAUUUCUCACAUGCAGGGCCUUUGCUUUGUGUAAAGCUACAUCAUUUUGACUGCAACUCAUUUACAAUCCGUGAUUCCGCACUUACACCAUUUCUGUGUCACUAUGAAAGAUGAAAGCACACUUAAUGCAACGCUUAAGAAUCGUUCAGCAAAGAGCCAUGUUUGACAAUGUGAAUGUUUGCUUAAAUGCCCUCCAUGAUGAAAAAAAACAUACAAUCAAACCCUGCAGGGUAAAGGAGUAAUAAAAGCUAAAGGUUGUCUUGGCUGACCUAAUGUGAGUGGAUACAUUUCCAGUGUACGGCACAUUUAAAGCAUUAGAACGACUGUACUUUAAGUGGUGAUCUUUUGUUUUGUGGUUGUUUAUUCCAGACAAACACUUCAUAUUUAUCAUUGUUCUAUCUGUGAGGUUUGUUAACAUGUAAACACCAGUUCUUCCUCAAAAACCAUUUGUAGAUGUUUUGUAAAUACUGUUGGUUUUUUUUCUUGCACAUUCACACAUUGAAUGAAUCCUUGAUUUAUUAUAAGGACUUUGUCUUUAUGAUUAACACGUCCUCUUUAAAAACCUCCUCCUCUGUUUUAAGUUAUCUAUCACAGUGUGUUCAGUUUUUAUUGACUGCAUUUUGUUUCACUGCCUUUCAACUAAGAUCAAUGUAGCUGUCGACCUUUAUCUGGGACCUAAAUGUGGCUGUUUAAUAACACUCUGUUAGUUCUGUAUUUUUGGUCUGAAUAGGUUGUAAAACUUCAAUUAAAACUAAACAUGAAAAAAUA